AAGCUCACUGACCCUACUAAGUUCCUAUAACUUACAAAGCAGUUCCACACAUGAAACAUCAAAGCUGGACAGCAUACUAAAUAACUUUGAAAUGGCAAGAGUUCCUGUAUCACCAGAUGGAAAUUGUUUUUUCUCAGCUAUAGGUUAUGCUCUCAUUACAAUAUUAACAUCCAAUAAUAAUAUACCACAAGAUUUCCUAAGCCACCUGCAACAAGUGGGAUUAWUACAGCUAAUAAAUGACAGUGAUAAACUUGUCAAUCUUCUCAGACAGUUAAUUGUAAAAGAGUGGCUUGCCAACAAAGAGCAAUAUACCCAUUUUCUUAUUAACAGCUCAAAUGAUUUCCAGAGCCAGGCAGAGAUGUUUCUCAGGGAUGGAUWCUUUGAAAGUGAGCUUGGAAACUCCAUGCCUCUUGCAAUGGCAAAUGUUUUAAAYCGACCGAUUGUUGUAAUAUCUCAAAUGGAGAACAUGCCAGUAAUUCCAAUCACACCAAGAGUAACAAUUGAUCCUUCUCCAAUWUUUAUUGCUUAUGACCAUAUUGGAGCCGGUCAUUACGAUGCUGUGAAAGCUAUUGAGCCGCUUAAUCGAGUAUGCAGUGGAAAACAUGAAAAURCWAAUGMGGUCAAAGACAAGCUGGAUGGAUCAGAUGUCACACAGUACUGCCGUUGUGGUCAAGGUGCAAGAAAAAAAGAAAAAAGUCAAACAUCAUGCGACCACUUCAAGAAAAGAUGCAAGUGUUUUCAAUCUGUAAAGUCUUGCACAAACAAUUGCCAUUGCUUUGGAUGCGAAAAUCCCCAUGGAAAAAAAACAACCUCAAAGAUAAAUACAUGUCCAACAACAACAAGAAAGCGAAGAGCCCCUCGCAUGUCAACUAGCUCUUUAUCAGGUAAAGAUUACACACAAAAAAAAGUAAACGAGGAGGAAAUUAAGUAUCCAUGGACAUUGUUAGAGGAGUUAAUUCUAGUUGAACUUCUUCAGAAGGAACUUUGUAAUGAUCAAGUUGACAUUGAAAAACUUCACAUUCUDUUUUCCAAAUUUGUGAACAAUACAAACAUUUUCCCAAAGACACUCCMAUCUUUAACUGGAAAAGUGAUGUCUUACCUUAAUGAUGGUGAAGUCUACAAAAYGUUGAUGAAARAGCAGGUGCGUUUAAAUUGGUUCAGUUCAUGACACCUUUAUUUUGCACUCUUCUUACCUGAAAAAAGGUAAAAGUUUAAUCAACUAUUCACUAUAUAAUGCAAAGAAAGCAUCUUUGUCAAGAUUGAUAACCUACAGUMACUGUAUAAGACACAAGGAAAUGCACUUGU